AUUGCGUAGUUACAAAUUGUCACUUCGAAGAUCAAGACGUGUUUUGUAGUUUGCUCCUGGCCCGUUUGGAGAGCUUUGGGGGUUUUGAGGAGAACAGCACUUUCAUGGGUUGCUUUUGUUUGCUUUGGUGUGAGGAUUAAUCAACAGUCUGAGUAGGUCAGCUCGAAUUUUUGUGAAAAUCGAACAAAAAUAAAGAAAGCAGAUUGUGUGCAAUAGUUUUUGUGGCUGGUGAUAAAAUAGAAGAAACAGUGCGUGAAAUAUCUAUUUUUGGGGUGGUUUUGGAGUGAAAAAGUUGGAAGAAUUUUCUUUGUUCUGACGGUUCGUUGAAAUCUAGAAGCACAGCAAUCGUUGAAAAUAGAGAAUCGGCAGUGUUCCGACGAGUGAGAAAGCUGGCUGACAUUUUGAAUUUUUAUUAACUUCGUGCCAGUGACACUUUUAUUUAUUAGACUUUUGCGCACUGGUAGUGCUUGUGUUCUUAUUCUAAGAAAUCAUAUUAAAAGAGAAAAGCCCAUUGGUGUGAUUUGAAAAUGGCAGAUAGUUUAGUGGAAGCGCCAGCUCCCAGUUCAAGCCAUUUGAUGAAUUUGGGGGCUCUAAUUUCGGCAGAUUUACAGCCGGGCUCUUCGUCCGGUCCUUCAUCGAUUCCCUCUUCCUCGGCUGCUUCGGUGGUCGCGUCCUCGUCCUCGUCGUCCUCUUCCGGUGGACAGCCCUCGACAUUAUUGAUUUCUGUGGCCACCCAACCUGCACACGGUGGUCUAAAUUUAUCCGAGCAAAUCAUGACCAGUAGCCAAGAGUUGAAUCUCAGUUUGGGCAACAGCAGUAGUAGCAAUAGUAGCAGUGCGGUCAAUCAACAGCAGGUUGGGGAAUCGCAAAAGGUCACACGCCCAUCCGAGCACACGGAUGAGGAUGAGCCGGAAACAAAACGAAAGAAAAUCGAUAAACCUGUGACCAAAAUGAUUGAAAAGCUGGAAGCCCGUCUCGGUGGCAUUCUGUGUUGUGCUGUCUGUCUGGAUCUGCCAAGGACUGCAAUGUAUCAGUGUACCAUGGGACAUCUGAUGUGUGCCGGAUGUUUCACUCACCUGCUGGCGGAUGGCAGACUGCGUGAUCAGAACGCGACCUGCCCGAAUUGUCGCACCGAGAUCAGCAAGAACACUUCUUCGCGCAACCUGGCCGUGGAGAAGGCAGUCUCCGAGCUGCCCAGUGAGUGCCAGUACUGUGGCAACGAGUUCCCCAAUAAGUCGAUCGAGUACCACGAGAGCAACGAGUGCGAAGAACGACCGACCGAGUGCAAGUUUGCCCGCAUCGGAUGCCAAUGGCGCGGUCCGACGCACGAGGUCCCUUCCCACGAAGCCAACUGCACCCAUCCGAAGAAAUCGGGAGCUGAGGUUAUGGUUGCCCUGCAAGCCCACGACGCCCGGGCGGCCGAGGAGAAAAAGCUCUUCCUCACGCUGAUUGAUCUCUUGAGCUACGAGAAAAUUAUCUUCAAUGACCUCCAGAUGAAGCCAUACCGUACCGAUGAGUACGUACACCGUCUGUACUACGAGACUUCCCGAUUCUCCGCGUUCAACCACCAGUGGGUGGUCAAGUCGAUCAUCAACAAAAGCCAGCGUGACCCGCACCAGUCGUGUGAGCGGGAUAUCACCUAUCAGCUCAUUCUGAAGUCGAAAACCACCAGCCCCCUGCCGAUGCACUUCUUUGUGCUGCGGGGUCCAUUCUCGGACAUCAAAGCGAACACGCAAAUCUACAAGCAUGACUUCACCGAAACUGAAACGGAGAGUCCGUUCAAGCUGCUGCCGUUGCCGGAUACGGCCGAGUGCAAUCGAUUGUUGGCGGCGAAGGCGAUCAAUUUCAGGUUGAUCAUGUUCUUGGCGUCCAAGUAAUUCCCCGUUAAGAGAAAUUAUUCGUGAUUCGUGAUGGUAACAAUAUGUGUUGCAUCAACAUUUGCUACUAUAAUUAGUGUUAUGGAUUCUCUUACCUAGCAAACACACGCCGUAUCAGCAGGCAGACGAAGAAAAUAGGAUGAGUGCUGGUAUGGUUUCUCUUUUACAAGGUAACCUAAUGUUUAAGGUGAUUUUUCUCUAGUUUUUCCGUCGAUUUUAUUUACUCUAGUAGUCUUUGUCAGGCUCAUGAUGAUACCUUCACAAAUAUCAGGAAACCAAAUUUGUCAGUUAAGUGCUUAUAAUGUACACGCGAUUACGAUAUUUUUUAACUCAUUUAGAUGUCAGUCACAGCAGAGCUGUGUACGGUCGACAUAGAUUUGUUUUUUUUUGUGGUUAAUGUAUCGCACAAAAUUUUUAUUUUUUACAUGAAAUCAUGCAUUUGGAAUACGAAUUACUGCUCAUCGGAAACAGUUUUUUAACGAAUAAAAAUAGUAAGUAAUAUGCUAAUCAAAUGAUCAACAGUUUUGGUUUUUACCGCUAAACAUUCAUACAUACAGACACAUACACACAUACCACAUUUCAAGUAUCUCAUUAAUUUCUUAGAUAAAGAAAUGGCAGACACUAAGUUGAUUGAAUCGUUUAUUCUCUGGAAUGAUUCCAGUUCUGAGGACGGUAAAUCAUUGUACAACAAUAGAAUCGAUUUAGCUGAAUUUUGUUUUACCACAUAUCAUAAUAUUCUACAUCAUCCGUUGCCGAGGGGGCAUCAAUCUCAGUUGGAAUAGGUACUUGCAUCCCUUAUCGAUAAAAACCAAACCAAAUGCCAUUUUGUAAAAAAAGAGAAUAUUGCAUGCAACCAAGAGCGCCAUAUGUAUUAUCCUUGUUUAAUUUUACCUGCGUUGAGUAAUAACUUUAUUAUGCAAUCACUCUAACCACGUCUCCGCAAUUGUACGCUAACCAAAAUGUGUGAUAAUUCGAACGAAAAAUUGGACUCGGAGUUUUCCAUCGAAUAUAAAAUGAAGCUCUUGUGGCAUAAUCGGAAAAAUUGAGAUAUUCGAAUCGUAAGGCGACGACUCAGUGUAGCAGAAAUUCCGAUUUUGUUUCCAUUGUAGACUUAGCGAAGCGCGAUGAAAAGUUCAAUAAAACUCGUAAAAAUAUAUUUAUAUUUAAAUUUAUUUUAUAAGGUCUCACCAUCGUGUAGUGAUAAUAACUUUAAUACAUAACAGAUUGUGUAUAAAAGAUACAAUGAAUCGAAUGUAAGUACCUACGUAGGGUAAGUCCUUUCUUUCCUUACCAUUCGUGUACUGUUGAUGGCGAUCGGUCGUGUACCAGCAGCAGCGAUAGCCAAUGAGCACUAUUAUGCAAUAUCUACGUUUCAUUUCAGAUUGGCUAAUCAUUUAUUUAAAAAAAAAAGCGAAGCUAUGUUGUAAGAAAUGCUUUCACCGUAUAUCUAUUCUAUGAUUCGCCAUUUCGAAGAGUGGCAUAUGCAACAGCUAUAAUAUUACUAAUAAAUGAAAGGCAACAUUUAUACAUUUUUGCUUCAGAGAUAUACAUAAUUAUAUUUAUAUAGAUUGCUGUAAUACUAGUGAUAAGGACACACAUGUCGUUUGUAAGAUGUUUUCCCUGAUUUUUAUCCUUUUACCAUCAUCCUACCUACCGAUAAGCUCGUUUUGUUUGUCUUCUGUAAUAAACUUAUCCCUUAUUCUAGUUA